AUGAUAGAAGACCUAUCGAUAGAAAGUGAGAGAGUAGGAUUAAAACUCAAUCUAGAGAAGACUAGAGUGAUGACAAAUGGAGAGAAAACCACGAUACGGAUAAGAAAUACCGAAAUCAACUACACUGACGAAUACAUCUAUCUGGGACAACUCAUAACCCAAAAAGAACCUAUGCGCGAGGAAGUGAAGAGAAGAAUUACGAACAGCCGGAGACGAUACUGGAGCUUGAGAGAGGCUAUGAAAGACAAACAACUUCACAUAAACAUCAAAAGCAAACUACUUAACACCUGCGUACUACCCGUCCUUAUGUAUGGCUGCCAAUCAUGGACUUUAACUCGUGAAAUGACAAACAGGUUAGCAACUUGCCAAUAUGCUAUGGAGAGGAGCAUGCUGAAUGUCAAAAGAUCAGACAGACUGAAAAACUGUGUCAUAAGAAAUAAAACAAGAACCAUAGAUGUAGUACGGUAA